GUCAUUCAAUUUGAAAAUUACGUAGGAAUUCUAUUUAUUUUCAUUCAUUUUCAUUGAAAUUAAAUUUUAUUUGAUAAAAAUUAUAAACAUUUGUGAAUAAGAUUAACAGCGAAAUAAAAUGGAUACAGUUGUAAAAGGUUUAAUGGAAGAAGAUUUAGAGGAAGAAAAGAAGGGCCUUGUGAUAUUUGGUCGAGAUGUCUCCAAAAUCCCAUGUUUCCGUGAAAGCUUCCUGUAUGGCAUUGCAUCAGGUAUUGGUGUUGGAUUAGCCUCUUUUGUAAAAACAUCCAAACCAAUGUUUUCACAACAUGUGGGAUUUGCCACAUUCUCUAUCACAACAAUGGUUUACUGGAGUUUCUGCCGAUAUGAAUGGUCCAAGCAAAGGUUUGAUGCUCAGUUAUUGCAAGAUGCACUGAAGGACAAAAUUUUAUAUGAAGGCACUAAUGUUGAAUCGGAAUUGGAAAAGAAAGGUGUCUUAAAAUCUGCAUAAUGCUUGUUAUUCUGUAAAUAGAUGUUUAUGUUGUGUAAAUAAUUACUGUACAAUUUAUUUUUUAAGUGUCACUUCUGAAUCCUGAUGUUAGCUAUUAGUCAUCAAGUAAAUAAAACCAUAAUAAUUUAAA